GAAUGACCGGAAGUGUUGUUUGUGAUACUACGCAAGCGGAAAAAGCCGGAGUGUAACUUCCUGGAAACAAAUACUGCUGUCAGUAUUAGUAUUACCGUCAGUCAGUAUCGAUUAUUGACUGCCAGGAAACAUCGUUCAGCCUCUCGGAGUCUGUCAAUGCGGGGACUCACGGUAACAAACCGAUAACGGUAGUUUGAAACACCCACUCCGGAGAUAAAGCACCGUUAGCUUUCUCUGUUAGCAUUAGUUGCUGUUAGCCUAGCGGAGUUAGUUCUCUUGGACCCGGACCGGCCUGGGUCAACAUCGUCUCCAUCAUGGGAGCUCACCGUAGCGAGGGAGGCCAGGACUGGCUGGAACAGGACGGGCCGGAGCAGGCAGAGCAGAGCCCGAAGCCAUGGAACCUGAUGAUCAAACACAGACAGAUUCACAGACGAGGACGACGCUCACACAUGACCAUCAGUUACACUGAUCCACAGGUAUCCAUGGACCUGUUGAGGGCAGUCCUUCAGCCCAGCUUCAACGAUGACAUCAUGGCUGUGUUCAAGAAGUACCAAAAGUUCUUUGACAAAGCAGCAGAAAACGUGAAAGAGAAUGUUGGUGAUGAAGUUCAGACCGAUCAGCUGAUCAGAGAGGCCUGCAGGAACGUUCUGGAACAUGCCAAACAGCUGUUUCCAGACGGGGAGGCGAAGAGGGCAGGAUCAGAAGUUACCAUCAAGAGGUCCAGACCUGUCGAUGAGGACUACAGCCAGAGUGCAAAUCCCCUCCUCAAGAAGAGGAGGACUCGUCCGGGCGGGGCGGCCAUCUCUUCUGAUCGACCACACACCUUCUCCUCUCAGGCGAAGCUCAAGUCUGAUCCCAUCAAGAGAGAAGGACCGAAGUGGGAUCCGUCCAGGCUGAACGAAAGCAGCACGUUUGUUCUCGGCUCCAGAGCCAACAAGGCACUGGGGAUGGGUGGGACCAGAGGACGCAUCUACAUCAAACACGCCGAUCUGUUUAAGUAUGCAGCAGAUGCGAAGGAUAAGCAGUGGCUGGCAGAGAGACACCACAUGAGAGCGACGGGGGGGAAGAUGGCCUACCUGCUGAUCGAGGAGGACAUCCAGGAUUUAUCUCGCAGUGAUGAGUACAAGGACUGUCCAGAUGUCAGGAUGGACGAGUUGAAGCCAUUCUCAGUUCCUUUGUGGAUGGUGGAGAAGAUGCAGAGAGCCAUGGAGGCUCAGAGAGAGGCUGACCUUUGACACCCCCCCCCCACACACACACACACAUACGCACGCACACACGCAAAAAACACACUUGUCAUGUGACCACCAGCAUCUGAUCUGUUGGGCUGCUUCUAUUGUUUUCAUUUUUACGGCUGUUUUUAAAAAAUAAACAAAAACACCUUGUGAUA